UGUCGCGACCAUCAUCGGACCAAAGGCUUGCUUUCUACUCGAGGUGUUGUUCAGACUCCCAUGUCCACCUUAUUACUCUCUCAGCACUCAUCUAAUCCUCUUGAAGUCGGUUCAUCUGACGCUCGUAACAAAGCUUACCACCAGGAAUAUAUCUCAGCACAGGACACAAACGGUCACCUCAACCUCACCUCCGAGGACGGUCACAAUGGCCUUGACCGACCAGAAAUGGUCGAGUACCACAACCAUCUCGCGCGUCUUUAUUCAAAACAAGGCGUCGUACCCUCAACUAUCAAACGAAAGCGUCACCCAGAUGAGCUCCCGGUCGUGGAUCUUGACGAGAGCAUGGAGGUAGCUGACGAUAUCAACUUUGAAGUUCCGCAUGAUAUGGGCACCCUCGAAGACGACGACGACGACCCUGAUGAAGAUGCCGACGCGGAUGGCGAAACAGACGAAGAGAAGACUUUGUACCUCAAAUCACCAGAAGAACAACAAGAGAUACAACUAGAAAUUGUAAAUCUCAUCAAUGCUGUCCCCUCAUUAUCAGAAGACUACACCAUCGUCGACCGUCUUGGCACAGGCACAUUCUCCUCCGUGUAUAAAGCCAUAGAUUUGGCCUACCAUCAUAAAUGGGACAAUACCGCGUGGCAUGGUUGCCAUCCUCCCAUAUCCUCCGCACACUACCAAUCAGCUCCUCAUCCUAUUGGUAGCAAAGUCUUUGUCGCUAUCAAGCGAAUAUACGUUACGAGUAAUCCGGAGCGAAUACGAAAUGAGAUCUCGAUCAUGGAGGACUGCAGGGGAUGUCGUCAUACUUGCCAGCUUAUCACCGCAUUCCGACAUCAGGACCAAGUGGUCGCUAUCAUGCCAUAUAACCGCAAUGAAGAUUUCCGAGAAUUUUACAAAGACCUGUCUAUGUCUGGUAUCAAAGCAUACUUUCGAUGUAUGUUCCGUGCAUUGCGCGAUAUUCACGCCAGGGGUAUCAUACACCGGGACGUUAAACCUGCCAACUUUCUGUUUGAUCCGCGAACCGGAAUAGGCGCCCUCUGCGAUUUCGGGCUCGCAAGUAGAAUGGAUGGAUCGGCACCGAUGCACGGUGCAUGCUUGCAUACAUCUGCCACACGAGAGCAUCCUCACGGCAAAAUAAGAGGGCGGAAUGACUAUGACGUCGACCUCUUGAAGAAGAUGCAGAGGGAAGCCCGACAGAAAAGCUCGUGGUCAAGCGAGCGUGUUGGUUAUCCCGACAAGGAUACGAGACCGCCCUCGAAAGCAAACAGAGCUGGUACGAGAGGCUUCCGGGCCCCUGAAGUCCUUCUAAAAUGCAAUCAGCAGACUGGCGCCAUUGAUGUUUGGUCUGCUGGCAUGAUUCUUUUAUUUUUCUUGGCGGGCAAGUUCCCUCUUCUACAAUCUAGCGAUGAUGUAGAGGCUCUCAUGGAAAUCGCAACCAUCAUUGGUCGACAGAAAAUGGAGAAAACUGCGAUCCUGCAUAGUCGAACAUUUGCGACAAAUGUGCCUUCAAUAUCGCAAGAGGGCAUGAGCUGGCGCGAGUUCGUUGAAAAGCAGAAUCCUGACAUAUUCAAACCUUCUCCGCCAGACCCACGAUAUUAUCCCUACAAUGACUUCGAAACACAAACACAAACCACCGCUGGCGCGUCCAGCUAUCCACCUCCGUCGUCCUCUUCAUCGUAUAGCUACAGGCAUACCAGUUCUUCUCGAUCACGCUCCACCACCCCAACGCGCGCCAGUACACCAGCGCCCCCAACACCUAACUCGCACCGAGCCGACGUCGAAGCUGCUUUGUCUCUUCUUGCAGAGGUAAUGCAUCCCGAAUCAACGCGUCGCAUCACGCCGCGCGGUGCAUUAUACCACCCAUUCCUCGCAGACCCAUCUGAGCCCGAGGACGACGACCUAUUUCCGCAUCAAUUUGGAGAUGGCGUAUGUGGAAAGUGGCAUUUCGUGGAUGAGGGGGACGAGCAGUGUGUGAUUAUAUAUGAUGGAGAGGAGGAAAAGGUGAGGAGAGUGAUGUCCGGGGAGGGUAUAGCUAUUGGGAGGUGGCCGUGUGAGUUCCAUAGAAAGGAGUGUUAUGAGGUAUAAGAAUUGGAAGAUGUAAAAUGAACGUGUUUUUAUUGGAAGGCAGAAGAACAAAAAUAGAGUGACAACGGGCUCGAACCUGCAACCUUUGGAG